GGGCCGAGACGGGAAAUGUUCGGAAGGUCAGGGACUGACAAAUCACGGCCUCUGUCUGCGCACACGGACAGACGGGUGGGGAACAACAGCAUCGUGGCGCUGAUUUUGUGCCCCACUAUUCGAGAAGCCCCGUGGCAGAAUGUGUGUCAGUGUGUCCUGUGUGCCGUGUGCGAGGCACAGGCACCCAGUGUUAGAACAAGGAUGCGUGCGUUAUUAGUUUCACUGGCUGCUCUCUGCUGGGUCCGUGCCAGGAGAGGAUGUCGUCUGGACGACCGGACCAUGACGGACACCGUCCCAGGACAGUUUGCUGCCUUGCUGGAGGACCUGUCGUCCAAUAUCACUUCAGAAGACCUGGCCCAGCUGAAGUUGGCCUGCAAGGAGGACAUCCCGAGCGAUAAGAACGAGGAGCUGACCUGCUGUAAGGAAUGGUUCAGCUUCCUCGAGAAACACGACAAACUCUCCAAAGACAACCUCUCGUACAUCGAACACAUUUUUGAGAUGUCCAGGCGGCCCGACCUGCUGACCAUGGUGAUUGACUACAGGACCAAGGUUUUGAACAUCUCCGAGGACGAGGAGGUGGACUCCAAGUUUACCCGCAUCCCCAGUGCCAUCAAGUACAAAGACAUCCUUCGGCAGCCAUCUGAGGACGAGAUCAUCAAACUGAAACUGCCCCCCAAGAAGGCCUGAGCUGCAGCCAGCAAAGGCCCUGGAGCAAGCAAAUGGGGGAGAGAGCGAAAGCAAGAGAGAAUGUGCGCGUGGGGAGGGGGGGGGGGGAGAAAGAGAACCUGCAUUCAGAGAUAGUGUUUGUAACAAGAAAAAAACUAACCCACCAGUAACAUUAACCUGUAACUUUGCAAAAAAAAACCUCCCUACCCCACCCACCACCAUACAUCGUGAUCUGUUGUGUUGUGUUACCGGGAUCUUCCUGUGCACCUGAAGCCUGCUGCAUCGGUGGAGGCAAAGAAGGGGCUACAACAGCCUUAGCCCCCACCCACUCAACCCUAUCCAUCUAGCCUUCAACUCUAUGCAAAUUCUGAGAGAUGUUGGGUGGGAUGCAACACCAUCCCCUCCCUCUCUACCCCACCCCACCACCCAGUCA